CGUGCCGAGCCGGGCCCGCCGCCCUCAGCCCGCCAUGGCCGAGCCUGCGGCCUCUUCCAGCUCCGGCGCGUCGCUGCCGCUCAUUGAAUCAGAGCUUUACUUCCUCAUCGCCCGGUUCCUGAGCACCGGGCCCUGCCGGAGAGCGCUGAAGGUGCUGGUGCAGGAGCUGGAGCAGCACCAGUUGCUUCCCAAAAGGUUGGAUUGGCAAGGAAACGAGCAUUAUAGAAGUUAUGAAGAAUUGGUGCUGUCCAACAAACAUGUGGCUCCAGAUCAUUUAUUACAGAUUUGCAAACGUAUUGGCCCCAUCCUGGAUAAGGAGAUCCCACCCAGCAUUUCCAGAGUGAAUUCCUUGCUUGGGGCAGGGAGACAGUCCUUGCUAAGGACAGCAAAAGAUUGCAGGAGCACAGUUUGGAAGGGCUCUGCAUUUGCUGCCCUGCAUCGAGGCAGACCCCCUGAAAUGCCUGUGAACUAUGGCACCCCCCCCAACCUUGUGGAGGUGCAUCGAGCAAAGCAGUUAACUGGAUAUGCCAAGUUCAGCACCUCAUUCCCAGGGAGUAUGUACCAGCAUGUCAAGAUGCACAGGAGGAUCCUUGGCCAUCUCUCUUCUGUCUAUUGUGUGGCAUUUGACAGGACUGGACACAGAAUAUUUACUGGCUCAGAUGACUGUCUGGUGAAGAUCUGGUCCACCCACAAUGGCAGAUUGUUCGCCACCUUACGAGGACACUCAGCAGAGAUCUCUGACAUGGCUGUGAACUAUGAGAACACCAUGAUUGCAGCUGGCAGCUGUGACAAGAUGAUCAGGGUGUGGUGUCUGAGGACCUGUGCUCCAGUUGCUGUCCUCCAUGGGCACACAGGCUCCAUUACCUCCCUGCAGUUCAGCCCCAUGGUGAAAGGCUCCCUGAGGUACAUGGUCUCCACUGGGGCAGAUGGAACUGUUUGCUUCUGGCAGUGGGAUACAGAUUCCAUGAAAUUCAACACCAAGCCAGUGAAGUUCACAGAGAAGCCCAGGCCAGGGGUUCAGAUGCUUUGUUCUUCCUUCAGUGUGGGUGGGAUGUUUUUAGCAACUGGCAGCACUGACCACGUCAUCAGGAUGUAUUUUUUUGGCUCUGAAACACCUGAGAAAAUAGCAGAAUUGGAAAGUCAUGCUGACAAAGUUGACAGCAUUCAGUUUUCUAAUGGUGGGGACAGGUUCAUCAGUGGCAGCAGGGAUGGCACAGCUCGGAUCUGGCGUUUCGAGCAGGCAGAGUGGAGGAGCAUCCUGUUGGACAUGUCUGAUCGACUGCUGGGUGACACUUGUGCAGAAGAAGACAAAUUCAUGAAGCCUAAAGUAACCAUGAUAGCCUGGAACCAAAAUGACAACUAUGUUGUUACAGCUGUGAAUAAUCACCUGCUGAAAGUCUGGAAUUCCAGCACAGGGCAGCUGCUCCAUGACUUGGUGGGCCAUGCAGAUGAAGUGUUUGUGCUGGAGACCCAUCCCUUUGACUGCAGGAUAAUGCUCUCUGCAGGCCAUGAUGGCAACAUCUUCAUCUGGGACAUCACCAAGGGCACCAAAACAAAACAUUAUUUUAACAUGAUUGAGGGCCAGGGACAUGGAGCUGUUUUUGACUGUAAGUUUUCACCAGAUGGUCAGCAUUUUGCAUGCACAGAUUCUCAUGGACAUCUGCUGAUAUUUGGCUUUGGCUGUAGCAGGCCUUAUGAAAAGAUUCCUGAUCAGAUGUUCUUCCACACUGACUACCGGCCGCUGAUCCGGGACUCCAACAACUACGUGCUGGAUGAGCAGACCCAGCAGGCCCCUCACCUCAUGCCCCCUCCCUUCUUAGUGGAUGUGGAUGGAAACCCUCAUCCCACAAAAUAUCAAAGAUUGGUGCCAGGAAGAGAGAAUUGUGCAGAUGAACAUUUGAUUCCUCAGCUUGGAUAUGUAGCAACAAGUGAUGGAGAAGUUGUGGAGCAGGUGAUUGGCCAGCAGACAGUGGACCAGGAUGAGCCAGGCCUGGAGCCCAGCAUUCUGGAUGGGAUGAUCAGACAGCUGCAGCUGGAACAGGAUCAGAGAACUGCAGCUGAUCAAGAAUCUGCUCCAAGUGGCCCCCAGAACGGGGAGGGAACACCCAGGAGAGCUUUCAGAAGGCCGAGCCUGGACAUCCAGUCCCCGCCCAACAUCGGUUUGCGGCGCAGCGGGCAGGUGGAGGGCGUGCGGCAGAUGCACCAGAACGCCCCCCGCAGCCAGAUGGCCACCGAGAGGGACCUGCAGGCCUGGAGGCGCAGGGUGGUGGUGCCAGAGAUCCCCCCCAGCUUGCUCAGGAAACAGGAAGAAUAUCGGAUUGCAAAAGGAGAAGAAGAGAGAGAUCUUUAUGCAACAGAGAAUAAAAAGUCACUUGAGUCACUGGAAAAGAGUGACUCUGAAUCUUCAUUGAUCCAAUCCAAACGUCGACUGCACAGACGGAAAUAUUCCAACUACAGAACAAGGAAAAACAUUGAGCAGCUGGAGUCUUCUGAGGAGGAGAUGGACAACUGCUUGGGCUUGAUAGAGCUGGAAGCUGAAGAAAGUGAGGGCUCUGGUUCUUCUGAUGAAGAGGAAGAGUGGAGAAGUGACAAGAAAAGCAACAGUAAUAGUUCUAGCGACUCCUCGAGCAGGUACUCGGACUGGAUCGCGGACGCCGGCAUCAACCUGCAGCCGCCGGUGCGCAGCUCGCGCAGGAACGCGCUGCGCUACUGCAGCUCCUCCGAGGACGACGUGUCUGCUGAGAAAUCCUCUCCUCCCAAGAGGAGGAGGAGGAAGAGGAGGAAAAAACCCAAACCUAAAAAGCAGGAGGAGGCUGAUGCUGCAGCACAACCACUGAACUUGGAGCUGUCCUAUGACUGGCACCCUCCAGUGUGGAUCACAGACACGGCUCUGCGAAGGUCCCCCUUUGUCCCUCAGAUGGGGGACGAGGUGAUAUAUUUCCGACAAGGGCACGAGGCUUACAUUGAAGCAGUGAGGAGAAAUAACAUUUAUGAGCUGAAUCCACACAAGGAGCCUUGGAGAAAAGUGGUGCUUAGGGAUCAGGAAUUGGUAAAAAUUGUUGGAAUCAGAUACGAGGUCGGUCCUCCCACGUUGUGUUGCCUCAAGCUUGCCUUUAUCGAUCACGCCACUGGGAAACACACAGACAAAUCAUUUUCCAUCAGAUACCACGACAUGCCCGAUGUCAUCGACUUCCUCAUCCUGCGUCAGUUCUACGACGAAGCCCGGCAGAGGAACUGGCAGGCCUCCGACAGGUUCCGCUCCAUUAUUGACGAUGCCUGGUGGUUUGGGACAGUGCUGGGUCAGGAACCUUACCAGCCUCAGUAUCCAGACAGCCACUUCCAGUGCUACAGUGUCAAAUGGGACAAUGGUGAAAUUGAAAAGCUGAGCCCGUGGGACAUGGAACCAGUCCCUGAUAAUGUUGAUCAGCCUGAGGAAUUGGGAGCAAGUGUGUCAGUGACCCUGGAGGAGGUGGAGAAGCUCCUGUACAAGCCCCAGGAGGGGGAGUGGGGGAUGAAGUCCCGGGACGAGGCCUGUGAGCGGAUUAUCCGCGGCAUUGAUCAGCUCAUGACCCUUGACAUCUCAGCAGCCUUUGCUGGCCCUGUGGACCUGUGCACGUACCCCAAGUACUGCACGGUGAUCGCGUACCCCACGGACCUGACCACCAUCCGCACCCGCCUGGCCAACCGCUUCUACAGGAGAAUUUCAGCAUUGGUUUGGGAAGUGAGAUACAUUGAAAGCAAUGCCAGAACCUUCAACGAGCCUGGGAGUGCUAUUGCCAGAGCUGCAAAAAAAAUCACCACCCAGCUCCUGAAGUUUAUCAAUGACCAGGACUGUACAAAUAUUUUUGAAUUAUGUAGCACAACAGAUGAUGAGCAAGAUUGUCAUGAUGCUGAUCUGGAUGAUGAAAAAUGUGUUCCAAGAACAUCAUACAGAAGAAGAAAAGGACGGGGCUUAAAAAAAGGGAAAAACCUGAAAAGUGGCUAUGAUGAAAACUGCUGGAAGAAGCAGUGCAUGGAGCUGGUGAAUUUAAUUUUCCAGUGUGAGGAUUCUGAACCUUUCAGGCAGCCAGUUGAUUUGGAUCAAUAUCCUGAUUACAGACAUAUUAUAGACACUCCAAUGGAUUUUGGUACAGUGAAGGAAACCCUGGAAGCUGGGAAUUAUGACACUCCAAUGGAACUGUGCAAAGAUAUCAGACUGAUAUUCAGUAAUGCAAAAUCUUAUACUCCAAACAAAAAGUCAAAGAUUUACAGUAUGACCUUGAGAUUGUCAGCACUGUUUGAAGAGAAAAUCCGAAGGAUUGUUUCAGAUUUCAAAAAUGGGCAGAAACAGAAUGAGAAGCUAAGGAGAAACCAGAGGUACAGCAGAAGAUUCAAUAAUCAAAGCUCAGUGCAGCAGCCCACCAAAAUGCUCAGAAAUCUGAAGCAGAAGCCACUCAAGUCUCAGGCCAAACUUGAAUCUGAGCAGGAAGAUGCUUUUGCUCAGCCUACCUCAAGCAGAGCUGCCUGUGUCACAAGCCAUAAACCCAACCCUGGCUCCUACCAGCACAGCUCCUCAGGAGAAUCCUCAGACUCUGCCUGCCUGGCAUCCUUUGAGAGGAAUGGGAAAGCCAGAUCCACACCUCUGGCCAAUUGUUCUGCUUUGUCAUCAGAGAGUGAAAUAGAAGGUUCUGGGGUUUCUUCAUCUUCUUCCUCUUCAUCUUCAUCCUCCUCAAGCAGCUCAGAAGACAGCAAAGGCUGUGCUGGGGCUCCUGUGUCCCCCUCUCCCCUGCCCAACGGGGUGUGCAGGAGGAACAGCAGCCGCAGGCUGACCCGCAACCGAGCUGCUCAGAGGAAACAGACAGGAACACUUCUUCAGGAGAAUGGGAACACAAGGAAAACAGUCAGGAAAAAGUUAUAUGGAAGUGACUCUGAAAAUACUUCAGCAAUGACAUCCGAGUCCCUCAGGAACAGCAAGGGCAGGCACAGGAAGAUCCCACGCAGGAGUGCUGCUGUGGCUGCCAACAAGCUGAGGCUGAUGAGUGAUGUGGAGGAGGAGGUGUCGAGCUCGGAGAGCAUCGGGCUCUGCAGGAACAGGAAGCUGCCGCACCGCAACGCCUCGGCCGCCGCCAGGAGAAUGCUGCUGGAAGGCUCAGAGGAUGAGGCGGGCCUCAAGUCUGAGAGUGACAAAGAAAUAGGAGAGCAGCUCACCAAGAGGAAAACUCUUUCUCAGCCUGGUUGUUCUGCUCCACGAAGGAAAUUUGUCAGCGAGUCUGAGAAUGGAAGUUCGGAUUCUGAGCCUGACACGCAGAGCAAGCAGAAGAGCUGGCAGAGCAACGGGCACAAGCUCAGGGGCUCUGUGUGCUCUCUGUCUCCCAAAGGGAAAAGUCCCACCUUAGACUUGUCAGAGGAGGACUCCAAAAGCCAUAAUUCUGAGGAUGGGGGCAGCCAAAAGGUUUCUGAGCCGUCAACACUUGCACAUCACAAGCCUGCAGUGAGCAACUCUGAGGAUGAGGCGGACUCUGAGCCGGACAGGUGGAAUGGCAGGAAAGCCUCUGGGCUGCAGCUGUCUCCUCCUUUAAAAAAAGCAAAAGUCUUGAGUGAUUUAGAGGACACAGCAGAGUCUGAAGCAGAAACCAGAGAGGAGGAGAAGAGUUUUGUGUGGGAGAGCUUGGUGCCCACUAAGAUUGUGAGGGGUUCCAAAUCUGGAGCUGCCUCCGGCUUCCAUCGCUCUUCGGAUUCGGACUCGGAGAGUGAUUCCAAUAACAGCAAUUUCUGUGAAACUUCUGCAAAAGCAAAGAUGAGGAAGAGGAAAGGAAAAACAAAAGUAGUUAGAAAAGAGCAAACAUCAGAGGAAGCCAGCCAGAGUGGUGCCAAGGUGCUGAGGAACAGGACGUGCAUCAUCAACUACAAAAAGCACAUCAGGGUGUGCAGCGUGGGGGAGAAGAAGAACCCCCGCAGGUGUGCCACGCUGGCAGCCAGCAAGAUCAAGAUCAUGAGUGAUGCAAAGGAGGAAUUAUCCAGCUCAGAAAGUGUUUACCCAGCCAGGAAAAACCGCAAGCAGCUGCAGGGCAGCGUGUCCUCAGCCUGCAGGAAGAAGCUGUUCAACAGCUCCGAGGUGGACGCUUGUUCCAAGUCUGAAAAUGAGAGUGAGCAGGUUUGUGGUAGGAAAAAAGCUUCCUGCUCUGAAUCUUCUGUUUCUAAAAGGAAAUAUAUUAUUGAGUCUGAGAAUGAAAGGACUGACUCGGAGACAGAGACUCAGAAGCAGAGUGAUAACCACGUGCAGCCACAGAAACCCCUCUGUGCUGCAGCUCUGAAUAACUUUGACUACGACUCCUCAGAGGAGAAUUCCACAAACCACGGGGUAGAAAAUGGGGGAAACUGGGGAAUUUCUAGGCAGGCAGCUUCAGCCCACAACCAUUGUACGAGUAACUCCGAAGAGGAGGUAGAUUCUGACUUGGCUAAACUUGAAACUAAAAAUACCAGAGUAGCAGCAAAUAAAAAACCUAGAGCUUCUUUCAAGAGAUUAAAACGGGUGGAUGACUUAAAGGAAGGAGAAUCUGAAAUAGGAGGGAAAAGAGAGGAGAGAAGAGAGGAAAGAAGAGAGGAGAGAAGCUCUGUCUCUGAGGAUGUGGAAGCACCUGGGACUGCAGGAAGCUCCAAAACCACCUUCCCGUGUUUCUCCUCGGACUCUGGGACCGACAGCACCAUCUGCAGCGACGCCGCGGACACCAGGAAGCGCAAGAGGAAAUGCAAAGCGGGCGGGAAGGAGAGCCUGAGCCACGACUCUCUGCGGCCGUGCCGGCGGCGGCCGCAGCGCAGGAAGCGGCGGAAAGGCAGCCAGGAGCAGGACUCGGAGGAGCUGGAGUUGGGCCGGGCCCGGCGGCGGCCGCGGCGCUCCAAGAUCCGCACGCGCAGCGGCGGCCGGCGCACCGUGCGCUACCACGACGACGACGACGACAGAGCCCUCGAGGAGGCCGCCUGUGAAACGUAACCUUAACUAAAGGAUAGCCAGCCCAUCUCUUUGUUUGUUUGUUUUUCUUUUAUUGUUUUCUUUUUUUUUUUUUUUAAUGGUAAUAGCACUAGAACUCGUGAUGGGUGCUGGCUCUUCUUUGUCCUACAUUUCAGGGAAUAUAUUUAUAUUUUUCUAUGAAAAAGUUAUGAAUGUGAUUAGAUGAUGACUUUCUCCUUUUUCAUAUUUUGACUUGCACUUGCCUGCCCAUGUAGCAGCAUUUAGCACAGAUGCCAAAAUGUGCCUCAUUAUAGGGGCAAUUUUUUUGUCUUUACUGGUAUUUUAUUACAUAUAAACAAGAGUUAAAAAAAAUGUUAAAACACUGCAAACAGGUUAAUAGCAGUAUGUUGAGUAUUAUUGUUAUGGGUGCUGCAAUGAAAUACUACCUAGGUCAUGCAACAUUCAAGAACAGAUUUCAAACAUCUCUAAUGCUGUAUGAAAUCAUCUACAACAGUAACAGGCUUCUAAAUAAUAGUACACACUCUAAAAACCUGGUGGAUGCAAACAUUGCUUCCAAAGAGGAAUGAAAAGGCUGAAAACUUCACGGCUGGGUUCAGUGCAGCUGUUCAGUGCUCUGUACAAGCAGUUACCAGUGGAGAAGUUUAUUUGCCACUUCCAGAGGCUUUGGUUCUGCUGACAGGUAGUACAUCAUUAAUGUGACUUCUAUACUGUAAACUUUUAAGAUUAUGAAAUGCAGGUGAACUCUUGGGCCUAAAAGGGUUUUUGUGUGUUUUCUUUAUAAAAUAGAAAAACAAACAAAA